CUUUUUUACUAGUCUAAAAUAAAAUAAAAUGAAAUGAAGUAGCAAAAGCGUCCACUCCUCCGCCCGAGAUCUCCGUUCCUCACGGCGGAUCCACCAUGCCGAGCUACCACCUCCACGCCUCCCUCCGGGGGAAUCCGCCGUCCCAUUCCUCUUCCUCAGCUCAAUCCUUCACCUCCAAGCUCCUCCUCCUCCUCACCAUCCUCCCCCUCACCCUCGCCGCCCUCGCUUUUGCUCUCCAGUGGCGCGGCGGUAUCACCGAUCCCACCACCCGCUGGGCUCCCCCUGGAUCCGACCGCCUCUUCCCCGGAAUGGAGAGCACCUCCCCCAUUUCUCCCGAGUCCCAUCGCUCCUCCUCCGAUUGCCUCAGUCUCCGCCGCAGCGCCUCCCCGUCUUUCCCCUACUUUCGGGACUGGAAGUUCGAUUUCCAAUCUAAUCUGAGACCCAAGAUUUGCAUAACAACAAGCACCUCAGCUGGCUUGGAUCAGAUUCUACCAUGGAUGUUUUAUCAUAAAGUUAUCGGAGUCACUACUUUUUUCCUCUUCGUCGAAGGAAAGGCUGCAUCUCCUGAAGUGUCCAAAGUUCUUGAAUCCAUUCCCGGAGUUAAGGUUAUAUACCGAACGAAAGAGUUAGAGGAGCAACAAGCUAGAAGUCGCAUCUGGAACGAGACAUGGCUAUCAAGUUUCUUCUACAAACCAUGCAACUAUGAGCUAUUCGUAAAGCAAUCUCUGAACAUGGAGAUGGCAAUCGUCAUGGCUAGGGAUGCUGGCGUGGACUGGAUUAUUCAUCUUGAUACUGAUGAACUAAUACAUCCAGCUGGUGCACGAGAAUAUUCUUUGAGGCAGUUGCUGCUUGAAGUUCCUGAGAAUGUGGACAUGGUUGUGUUUCCCAACUAUGAAAGCAGCGUUGAGCGAGAUGACAUCAAGGACCCUUUUAGUGAGGUAUCAAUGUUCAAGAAGAAUUAUGACCAUCUUCCAAAAGAUACAUACUUUGGUAUGUACAAAGAAUCAACUCGUGGUAAUCCAAAUUACUUCCUGACUUAUGGAAAUGGGAAGUCAGCUGCUCGAGUUCAUGAUCAUCUUCGCCCUAAUGGAGCCCACAGAUGGCACAAUUAUAUGAAAACACCUAAUGAGAUCAAAUUGGAAGAGGCUGCUAUCCUACACUACACCUAUGCCAAGUUUUCGGACUUGACCUCAAGACGUGAUCGGUGUGGCUGCAAACCCACAAAGGAGGACGUCAAAAGAUGCUUCAUGUUGGACUUUGAUAGAUCGGCAUUCAUUAUUGCUUCUACAGCAACACGGGAGGAAAUGAUGAAUUGGUAUCGGGAGCACGUUGUGUGGGGCGACAAAGAUGUAAAACUCAAACUAUUAAGGAAGGGUAUUCUAACUCGCGUAUAUGCACCAAUGGCUAUAAUACAAGGUUUAAGGGAGUCCGGUGUUUUCAGCUCCGUUAUUGCAUCUGCUCCUCCAACUUUAUCAAAGGAUAAGUUCUUAUCAUCCAUCUCAAAUGGUACUUCUUCAAGAGCGGUAGCCUCCGAAUCUCUUCCUUCUCGGAAGGUUGGAAGAAGAAAAGAAUACCAGGCCACCGCUAGAAGAAUCUUGAACAUCGUUCCUAAUGCCUCUCAUGUAGCGGCUGUUCCUCCAUUGUCACCCCCAGGAAUGAACAGUCAGAUAUUAUACAAAGCAUUCUGAGGUCUACUAUGAGCUAUUGCUGCUGCUGCUUCUUCCUGCAUUGGUGUUUGGUGAAGAGGGAAGAAUCAGGAAUUAAAAGAACUAGAGCAAGCAAGGUCUUACAAUUGGAGUUGGCUUUUUUGUGUUUUCUGAUUUUUUGGUUCUUCCCGAUCAUUGUCCAAGCGCCUCUGUACAAAUCAUUCGCCUGCUCUUCAAUUUAGUUAGUAGUGCUCUUUGUUUUAUUAGUGUUGAUAUUAUUGUUGUAUCAUAAUUCACGGAAGAACAGACGUGUUGACCCUUUUGUCCCUUUAUUAAUGAUACCUUGUUCUCAUACCAGUGGGAUGGCUUCUUGGUUAA